ACCCCUCUGCAUCUGCGAAGUGUAGCGGAGGAUCGCGGGCACAGACUUACAGCAGCGCCGGACCGGUGUGGUAUGUGUGUGGUACACAUCGCGGUGCUCACUGCAGUUCUCCAGCCUCACUGGCACUGUCCUCUGUGAUCGGUUUUAAAUACGGCUUGUUGUUUGAGUGCUGCUGUGAGCUCGCGGAACCUGCGCUGAUCAUAUAAACUCGAGAGCGGAGAAACAGCUGAUCCACGGAUGGUCGUCUGAGGCAACAAUCACCAGAGCCAAACAAGUGUUCAGCCUCUGCAGUGAGGUGCAUUUGGUCGAUGAAGACGACUCAUAAUUGUGAUGUAUAAUGGCUCCUGCGCUGAGUGCUAUGUUGGGGUCAGAGGUCGCGGGGGCAGCGGCGCUGGCUAAAGGGGAGCUGGCACUUGUAGGCACGCUCACGGCACUCACAGCUUUCCUGCUGCUUUCUGUCAUGCUGCUGCUGUGUGCAAGCUGCCAGGGGCAGAAAAAAGGGGGGCCGCCAGGAGACCAUGAAAACCUGAUGAAUGGGGUGUCAGAAAAGGAAGUAUGCAGCCAGUCAGUAGAGAGCCAUGGUACUGACUUGGCGGUCAGCAGCUCUCAUAAUGGGCCUCUUACAAGUGGUACAGUACUAACAGACACGAUGGACACAAGUCCCCAGCCUUCAGAAGACAUGCUGUCCAGCCAGUCAGAAAUCAGAUCCUCUAAGUAUCACCAGGACCGCGAAUUACCCAGCAUUCCACCCACCGAUACCCUCAAAGCAGCCAUCGAUGCUCAAGUUCCCUCAGGAGAAGGCACGUAUGAGGUGGUGAAGGACAGCGCCUCCCGUGAUGUCAGUGUUGAGGACUGUCUGUACGAGACGGUGAAAGAACUUAAGGACAUUGGCCUCCCCAAUGGUACACUAAGCCCAGAGGAACCACCUGCACCUCUUCUUAACGGCCACCCAAGCCCCGCUACACCAGACCACACCAUGCUGCCCAAUGGUGUGGAGUAUGCCUCUGUCAACCUCAGCAAGAAGAGCCGCUACAGCACUGACAUGGAGGCCAGGCACUCAGCCGCCUUUGUGAAUUUUGAAGAGCCUGAGGAUGAAAAACCACCUCCUGUUCCAGACAAAGUACUGGAUGAGAAUGACAACCAGCAGAUUCCGAAUGGACAGUUACACUCCCCGCUGACGACUCCAACGCCUCAGGACAAUGUGUCUCCGGACAGUGAGUUAUCAGACAUGUACUCCAAGGUAGCGAAGAAUACUAUAAAGGAACCUGAGAAUGACUACAGCAGCAUCGGGGAGAUGAAGGGAAUGGUGGCAGAGUCGACUUCCAGUGAUCUUUACGCCACGGUUGGGGAUGAAUACCCAAUGGCUCUUGGCUCCCAGCCUCCAGAGGGGCUUACAGAGAAUGCAGACCCUUGGUACGAGACCAUCAAGAUCUCCAAAGCAUCUGAAGAGGCUCAUCAGGGCAAUGGGAUAGUGGAACCUGACUAUGAGAGUGUGGGGGAACUGGGUCUCAACGGGGAGAUCUCCUGUCUCUGACCACUCAACUAAGGGACUGUGGACACUGAGAAAUCACUUCUCUGAGGUUUAGAAGUGGAAGUUUGAGUGGUAUCACGAGUAUAAUGCACUUAACCUUUCCUGAUUUAAUGUUUUUGAGCAUAGCAUUUAUGCACCGCAUUGUUUUUGAAUAUUAUAAAUGAAAGGGUUCAUUCAGACCUGUGACCCAGCACAGGAAAAUAAACACUCUAUAGUCACUCAGAAGAGGGCCUAUUUUGUCCCCACACAUUAUGAAAUAGCUUGCAGUAGGGAUUUAUCUAAUACAAAGACGGCAUCUCCAUUUGUUGAGCGGGAGUUUUCUGAGCAACUACUCUGUGCUAGCAUUUGUUAUUUUUAAUGUUUUGCUGGGCUGUCGAUGUGGGCAAUGAUGGCAGUUGAUCACACCUGCUCUAAUCGCUUUCCAUGGCUUGUUCUCAUUCUAUUGAAAUCACAAAACAAAAUGCUAACAAAAGUAUCCCACUACUGAUAUCCACUAAUGUACAGCUGUAAUUAUGGUUUAUUAAAAUAAAGAGUUACAUUAGGGGGAUUAGAACCCAAACCCCUCAUACAAAGGAAUACUGCUAGUACUACUAGUAAUACGACCAAAGAUUAAAAAUUAACAUAUGUAUGAAUAUUAAGCCAAUAUUAAGCCAGAAUAACUGCUGCAUUGUGAGAAUGUAACAACACAAAUGUGACUGAAAUGAGUUAACAUGAUGUGAAGACAUUUAUAAUGCUAAUGUUAUUUCAGAUUUGAUAUAAAAUAUCAGUAUAUCACAGACUACUUAUCAGGAUAGUAAAUGAUCAUGUUUAAUUAUCUUUGCAUAUCCUAAUUAAUAUACAUGAGCUAAGCCUUCACCAUUUUGUGACAUAACAAGCAGCACAUCUGUGCAACCCCCUUCCCACAUGUCUCCACCACUUUUCAAAACAAAGUGACACCAAUGGCUGUGCUCUUACGAGAAAUAUUUUAUUCAUAAUGUGUAUUAGUAGUUUCCACGCUUUUGCACGCUGCACCUGCUGUGAGCUCCACUCUGCCUGCCUGUUUUCACGUGAUACUAGUUGAGCAACUGACAGAGUUGUGUCCUUAUAUAACCCCGAGAAGAGAACCAAUCAGAU